AUGCGUCUCUCCGUUCUCGUGUCCCUUCUGCCCUUUGCUGUGGCCAGCCCGACGCAUCGGCGCGCGGAGCCCGCCCCGUUGCACGUCCCGACAACGGAGACCAGCAACCUCAUUGCGGACAAAUACAUUGUCAAGUUCAAAAAGGACAGCCCUCUUGCUGUACUGCACGACGCUGUCAAGGAACUCAAGUCGAAGCCUCACCAGGUCUUUGAGAACGCCUUGACUGGUUUUGUCGGCAAGCUUGACAAGGCGGCCCUCGAAGUUCUUCGGUACCAUCCCGAUGUUGACUAUAUUGAGCAGGACAGCCUGGUCACGGCCAGUGGCUUCGUGGCACAGAACAAUGCGCCCUGGGGUUUGGGCAGGAUUUCGCACCGCCGCGCAGGGUCUGGACAGUACGUCUACGACGACAGUGCGGGCCAGGGAACCUGCGCGUACAUUAUCGACUCGGGCCUUGACGGGUCGCACCCCGAAUUCGAAGGCCGUGCUCGGCUCGUCCGAUCAUUUGUCCCCAACUCCCAGGCCGACACCUGUGGACACGGCACCCACGUCGCCGGCACCAUCGGCAGCCGAAGCUACGGCGUCGCCAAGAAGACGCAGCUUUACGGCAUCAAGGUGCUCGACUACGACCGCGGGAGCGGCAAGUGCCUCGGGUCCAACUCUGCCAUCAUCUCGGGCAUGGAGUACGUCGCCACGGAUGCGAGACAGCGAAACUGCCCGAACGGAGUGGUGGUCAACAUGUCCCUUGGCGGCAGCUACUCCCAGGCCCUCAACGAUGCCGCGGAUGCCCUCACCCAAGAGGGCUUCUUCGUCGCCGUUGCUGCGGGCAACGACAACAUUGACGCCUCGAAUGUGUCGCCGGCUUCGGCCCAGUAUGUCUGCACGGUCGGUGGCACUGCGAAAAACGACUACCGAUACUCGGGCAGCAACUACGGCUCGGUCGUCAACAUCCUCGGCCCAGCUGUUGAUGUCUACUCUACCCUGCCGGGUGGUGGAGCUGGCUACAUGACGGGAACGUCGAUGGCUACGCCCCAUAUUGCCGGUCUCGCAGCGUAUCUGGCUGCUGUGGAAGGUCAGCGCGCGUCUCCGGCGUCGUGCAAGCGCAUGCAGGACCUGGCCACGAGGGGUGCGAUUGCUGACCAGCCCUGGAACACGGUGAACCUUCUCGCCUUCAACGGCAACCCGUCUGGCUGA